GGAGGGAGCGGCCGGGGAAGCCGCUGGCGGGACGCGCGCAGGCGCACUGCCUCGCACCUGGUUCCAGGCGGCCGCAGGAUUAGGCUUCUCUCCUGCCACGAUUGCGGAGCCAGAUUACCAGGAUAUUCCCUUGCUCCUACUCCAAUCUUUUAUGAGUGAGCCCAAGAAAAAGCCAGUUUCUGAACAUCUUCCAUGUAACAAUGCUGGGGGCUUCUGGACAUUCGUUUCGUCGUUCCUACAUUCCUUUGAAGGAUAGGCAUUAUUAUUCCCGUUCUACACGUGGGGACACCAAGGCUCAGGGGACAAGGAUGGCCAGACUGCUCUUGGAAGUGAGCACUCCUCAGUGUUCCUGGGGCUGACACUGAGCUGGCAGCCAUGGGGCUGGGCAGGCUCCAGGCCUGGAUGCUGGGCCUUCCUACAGCUGUGGUCUAUGGCUCCCUGGCCCUCUUCAUCUCUAUUCUGCACAAUGUGUUCCUGCUUUACUAUGUGGACACCUUUGUCUCAGUGUACAAGAUCAACAAAGCUGCCUUCUGGGUUGGAGAGACGGUGUUUCUCCUCUGGAACAGCCUCAACGACCCCCUCUUCGGCUGGCUGAGUGACCGUCAGUUCCUCAGCUCCCAGCCCCGGUCGGGUGCCAGGCUCUCCUCGAGGGCUGUGGUGCUGGCACGGGUGCGGGCCCUGGGCUGGCAUGGGCCGCUGUUGGCACUGUCGUUCCUGGCAUUCUGGGUGCCCUGGGCCCCGGCUGGCCUGCAGUUCUUGCUGUGCCUGUGCCUCUAUGAUGGCUUCCUGACGCUCGUCGACCUGCACCAUCAUGCCUUGCUGGCUGACCUGGCCCUCUCUGCCCACGACCGUACCCACCUCAACUUCUACUGCUCCCUCUUCAGUGCGGCUGGCUCCCUCUCUGUCUUUGCCUCCUAUGCCUUCUGGAACAAGGAAGAUUUCUCUUCCUUCCGCGCCUUCUGUGUGGCACUGGCCACCGGCUCUGGGCUGGGCUUUGUGGGGGCCACAUGGCUGCUUAGGCGGCAGGUUGAGGCAGCUGGCAGGGAGCCAGGGUGCCCAGCCUUGGCUGUGGAUGGCGGCCUGUGUGGAGAGGAGCUGCUCACGGGCUGCCAGGACGCAGGCAGCAUCACUUUGGGCCAGUACCUCCGGCAGCUGGCACGCCACCGGAACUUCCUGUGGUUCGUGGGCAUGGACCUGGUACAGGUCUUUCACUGCCACUUCAACAGCAACUUCUUCCCCCUCUUCCUGGAGCAUCUGUUGUCAGACCACAUCUCCCUCUCCACAGGCUCCUUCCUUUUGGGCAUCUCCUACGUCGCUCCCCACCUCAACAACCUCUACUUCUUGCCCCUGUGCCAGCGCUGGGGUGUCUACACUGUGGUGCGGGGGCUGUUCCUGCUCAAGCUGGGCCUGAGCCUGCUCAUGCUAUUGGCCGGGCCUGACCGCCCUGGCCUCCUCUGCCUCUUCAUUGCCAGCAACCGUGUCUUCACUGAGGGCACCUGUAAGCUGUUGACUCUGGUGGUCACUGAUCUGGUGGAUGAGGACCUGGUGCUGAACCACCGCAAGCAGGCAGCCUCAGCUCUUCUCUUUGGCAUGGUAGCCCUGGUGACCAAGCCAGGCCAGACCUUUGCCCCGCUGCUGGGCACCUGGCUGCUGUGCUUCUACACAGGUCAUGAUCUCUUCCAGCAGCCCCCACUGAACCCUGUGGGGAGUGCCCAGCCCUGGCCAGAGCCCCCGGCCCCACCCCCAGCACAGGCCCCGACACUCCGCCAGGGCUGCUUCUACCUGCUGGUGCUGGUGCCCAUCACCUGUGCUCUGCUGCAGCUGUUCACCUGGUCCCAGUUCACACUGCAUGGGAGACGCCUGCACAUGGUCAAAGCCCAGCGCCAGAACCUAUCACGGGCCCAGGCCCUGGAUGUUAAGAUGGUGUGAGGGGCGGGCACAGCAAGGUCACCCUGCUGAGGAUGCUAUCACAGCCCUGGGCAGGAGCCACUCUUGCCAACCCCUCAUCCUGUUACUCUGCCUUCCUGGGGCACAACAUCCUGCUACUCUGCCUUCCUGGGACAGAUGCAGAGUGUGGGGAGCUCCUGGGGCUGAGCCAGGGGCAUCACUGAAGUCUCCAUUCCUGCUUGGCUGUCUGGCCCAGCUUCAGCAAGGGCCUGGCUGUGUGCUCAGGGACCUGCUUCCCCCUGUGGGGCAGGAGGAAGAAGAGGACCAAGAGGGGAUGGGGCUGUCCUGUGGUCACAUGGGGUUGCUAUGGGGCACAGAGGCCUAACCCACUACCUGACUGGGGCUGGUGCUCUGUGUGGGCUCAGAAGCCGCUUUCACCCAUUCAGGGGAAGCUGUGAGUCCCACUGCCCUCUCCUUCCACCUUUCCAGCAGUUUCUCUGACCUCUCUGCUUCAGCUGUGCCUGAAGUAGCAUGCCCCACCUGUGGCAGGGCUUCCUCACCCUUACCUGACCUCUAAAAGAGGUUCAUUUCAUCACAGACUGAUUAAAGUCGGUCAUUUCUAUUCCCA